AUGUUGACGGUGUAACACCUGUUUCGAGUCGAGACUUGUCCUCAUCUCUUUCCUUUAGCUCCAGCUCUGAAUAGAUUUUAUUUUUUGUUCGAGUCAAAUGAGUAGCAGAGACAACAGUGAGGAUGAAAGCKGCAUUACACGGAAAGUCGCCUAUGUGUACAGCCCGGAGUACAUCCAGACCUGCGAUACUUUAUCCAAAGUCCCAAACMGGGCUAGUAUGGUCCAUUCACUGAUAGAAGCUUAUGGGCUGCUUCAACACAUGAGCGUUGUGAAACCUCAUGCAGCCUCGAUGGAGGAAAUGGCCAAGUUCCACACAGACUCGUACCUGGAGCACCUGCACAAAAUCAGCCAGGAUGGCGACAACGACGACCCCCAGUCAGCUGAUUAUGGYCUUGGUUAUGACUGCCCGGUGGUGGAGGGCAUAUUUGACUAYGCAGCAGCAGUAGGGGGCGCUACAGUGACAGCAGCUCAGUGUCUGCUGGACCAGAAGUGUGAAGUGGCCAUUAACUGGGCGGGAGGGUGGCACCAUGCUAAAAAGGAUGAGGCUUCGGGUUUCUGUUAUGUGAACGAUGCUGUGCUGGGAAUCCUGAAGCUGAGGGAGAAAUAUGAGCGAGUGCUGUAUGUGGACGUAGACCUGCAUCACGGAGACGGUGUUGAAGAGGCCUUCAGCUUCACAUCAAAAGUUAUGACGGUUUCUCUGCACAAGUUUUCUCCUGGUUUCUUUCCCGGCACAGGUGACCUUUGUGACACGGGGUUGGGGAAAGGCCGCUGGUAYGCUGUGAACGUCCCAUUCGAUGACGGCAUCAGUGAUGACAGAUAUUACCAAGUUUUUACCAGCGUGCUGCAGGAGGUGCGGGCGCAGUUCAACCCCGAGGCGAUGGUGAUGCAGCUGGGUGCCGACACCAUGGCGGGCGAUCCCAUGUGCUCCUUCAACAUGACCCCCGUGGGGGUGGGCAAAUGUCUGCAGUAUGUCCUGCACUGGCAGCUCCCUACRCUGCUGCUGGGAGGAGGAGGUUACAACUUGGCUAAUACGGCUCGCUGUUGGACGUACCUGACAGGAGUGGUGCUGGGAAAGACUCUGUCCUCUGAGAUACCCGACCACGAGUUUUUUACAGAAUACGGACCAGACUACUCGCUGGAGAUCAGCCCGAGUUGUAGGCCGGACCGAAACAACAGCAAACACCUGGAGCAGGUCGUCAGCACCAUCAAAGGGAAUUUAAAGAAUGUGGUUUAGGACCUGGCAGCCUCAGCCGCCUCCACAGACACACAGACACACACACAAACACACAAACACACACACACACACACACACACACACCAUGUUUCCGAACCAGGUCGACGUUCGGCAGCUCUAAUGAAGGCAAUAUGGACUGGACCCCUUCAGCCUCCAGGCAUGGACUGAGUGAACGAUUGAGGAGAGGGGGCGAAACAAGAAGGUUUUGGAAAACAUUAGUUGAGUCUUACCAGGGGAAAAACAGUUUAAUAUGUAAUUGGGGGGAGGUGGCGGUUGAUGUGGUUGYUGUACAAUGUUCACUGUUUUUAAGUUCUUGUGCUUUUUUAAAAAGCAAUACAUGAGAGUUUAUGGUAUGUCCGUUGUAGUUUUGUUAAAGUGGAUGACUAGUGCACCCCAAGUGUUUGGUGUCGAGGGAGGCAUCAGUCAGACAUAAAUGGAAAAAAAAACAGAUUUCCAUGGUCACCAUGAUCCUGCUGUGUUUUUAACCUCUUAAAGUCAGAUCAAUGCUAAAAUGGACAAAACAGCCAAAAUCCCCAAAUGCACCAUUAAACGUUUGUUUCUCAAUGGRUUUGGACGGACUUUAAAGUUUUGUUUAAAAAAAAAAAGAAAAAACCUAAAGUUUACAAACAUUUCAGAAAGUCUGGACAAGUUCUACAUCGGAUCGAAUCCAGAAUCAUUUCACUCUUUUGGAAAUUUAAACAAAGAAUGACAACUUGGAUUGACACCAACAAAGAUUCAAUUCGCCCUGAAGGGAAACAGCAGUCCUAAAGUGYUGUAUCAGGCUGCUCAUAGAACCCGUCUUCCUCUUAGGUCUAGAAAUGUAAAUAUUUUUAGGUCAUCUGCAGCUGUAUUUCACGUCUUCACGGCACGUUAUAGCUACUGCUGUAGAAACCAUUCUGGUUGCGAAGUGAAACCCGUUAGACACCAAAUUUGGUCAAAUCAUUACUGCCGUGUUUGUUCAAGUCUGUCCAGUUUGAACUCUUUAAAGCUGCAGUUUUAUGAAUUUUCAUGGAAGUUUUACUAGUUUUAGUCAUUUCUGAUUUUAGUUCAAUUAAAUGUCUCCAUUUAAAACCCACAACCUUGCUGCCAGAACAGCACAAUGAGGCACUGCCAAGCCCUCAGGGGUUUCUGUGGUGUCUGGGACUGGGACACUGGCAGAAGGGUUUUGGAGGCCUUUUGGUUGUAGAUUUGAGCAUUCAGAUCCACAGAAAACCAGAACGAACAAAGGCCAACGCUGGUGUGGGUGAUUUGACAACUGCUAUUUAUAGUUUUAAAUUACCUGAAAAUUCCAAGCAGAAAAAUAAGAAUACUCACGCCGAAGGUGCUACAGCUCAUUGCUUCUGCUGCUGCUAUUUGCUMUUGCAAAUAACCAGUAUCUAAAUAAGUGUGUAAUGUCAAAUUGAUAGAGGUGUAAAGGUUUAUAAAAAGGCAUUUGCACAAUUUACUAUGACAUUUUUUUAAAACUGGAGUUUUAAGACAUCAACUGUCCACUUUGGUUUAGUCUUUGUUCGAACCAGCCCUUAGCUCUUAAACUCUGUUUCUCCAAACUAAAUCAGGUAUAGUACAAAGAACAAGGCUGUCACAGAGGAUCUGUUACAUAGAUUGGUUUCCACAGUUCCUAUCAGACACCAUCAGAUUUAUAUCGGAGGAGUCUGAGGAUCCGGUAAACAGUGAGUCAUUCCAAAGCAGUUUAUUUUUUUCAUAAUUUUUUUGACAUCUAAAUGGCUGUCUAGCUGGGAAAUGUGUCACUCUGGCAAAAUGUUACUGCUUUGUAGGGAGACUGAUGAGUUUGUCUAAAUAUUGCCAUAAUAGCUGUCAAAUUACGCAAUUAAAAAAAAAUUAUUUGAAUUUUAAUGCUUCUAGCACAAUUUCUACAUUAUUAAAUUACUGUUUGGAGGGUUAAUGUAACCUAAACUCAUCAGGGAUUUUGUAAUAACUGUGUUAGAAAACAGCAAAGAUAUUUGGUGAUUAGUUACAGAAACUCUCCUGCUAAAGAGCACAGUAAAUUUGUGUUAAAUAGCCCCGAUUGUAGCCACUGCUCCAGUUCUUCUCCAAAAUGACUCGACUUCUGUGGACUCUAGUCCUGAUAGCUCUUCAUUGCCAUUUUUUUUGUAAAAGAACGAACUUUACUUUUUGCAUUAGACCUAAUUCCAUUGUUUUUCUUGAGACUUUGAAUUUGGGAUUAAUGAACCAGCUCUCUGUUCAUCGCUCGUCGAGACUGUCCAGAUUGUACUCAUCAACAUUCAAAUGUAAACAAAGGACUUGUAAUUGUUGUCAGCAAAACAUGACGCUACUCAUUUUGCAUAUUUAUUAGAAAUUACGCGAUAGGCUUUUGAUGGAGAAUGAAACAUAUUUGGUGUUUAUUUAGUAAUAAAUGAUACACAUACCAAAAAUUAUUUCAAAAACAUUGAAUAAUUGCGUAUUUUGAUGGCUGUUACGGCUUGAAGGUUGGUGAUGUGUCAAAGUGACACAAAGCAGCAGCUUGUCAAUCUUGACUGUAUGGCAGAGAAAUGUGUGUCUUGAGCGUUAACGGUUUAUUAUUUGUGCCAAACUAAAAAUCUGUAAACAAAAAGAAAGUGUAAAUUACAGCUGUGCUUACCAAAUCUUUUACUUUUAUAUUAAAUAGAAGCAAACUACAACACUGUAUUUUUGUUGUCCCCACAACUCUACAAACGUUUUAUUUACCUACCAGACACUUUUUUUGGACAAAAAAAAGAUCUGUUUGACCACAUUCUUUAAUAUUCUUCAAUACUUUUAGUURUUAACUGAGGAGAAGCGCUAAUUUGCAAAUGUGCCUCAGACAGAUCGCCACUGUUUCUGACAAAUGGCGCAGGAAAAAUUYCCCUACGCUGCCCGGCUGAGGUGUACUGGCUCCCGGCCAGCACAGCCAUGGAAAGCCGCCUGUGUCUCCACGCUGUCUCCAUUCGUGCACAAUAAAUUGUCUUUUUAAAUUUGACUAUCUUUAAAAGUUUUGCUGAAACCGUUGUAAAAGUGUUUGUAUUUUCUAACGGACUUGGCUAGUUGAAAAAUAAACACCAAAACUGUUUUUUUUUUUGUAUUUUAGAAUAUAUAUAAGGUUGUUAGAGAUUUUGUGUUUGUUUUUUAACUGUUGUACAAACCACAGAAGUUUGUUAAAAUAAAAGAGAUGAGAGCAUGUU